CCUCACAAGGUCGUCGAUGAUGUAAUUUCGAGCAUUCCUUGUCACUAACAAAGUGAAAUCAAUUUUAUGUGAGAUAUUGAAUGAACAGCAUUAUUAUUCUGAAAGUGAAAUCCGUUGGAAUUUUAUUCCGUAUACCACAAUUUUGGACGUGUAGAUUCUCAAAAUUCAAUGGCAGAGCAAGUAACAUUUUCAAAAGGUGUUCCAUCAUCUGAUAAUGACGGAUCUGUUCGCGUAGCAGAACCACAACCAAUAAGAACUCAGCCAAACCCGGUUGGCAAUUACGAUGCAUCGUCUCCAUCAGCACCACUUGUCAACAAUUCACAUGGGUUGGGUAGUUUGGGAUAUUUACUGGAAGCCAACCAACUAGUGGUUCGGGAACAAGCCAAUUUUCAAAUCGGCAAUAGCUUUCACAUAAAGAAUAGCCGCGGUGAAUCUAUUUACUAUGCCAGGGAGGAGGAUGACUGUUGUGCACAGUGUUGUGUGGAAGCGUCGAAACGGCCAUUUGAAAUGCAAAUAUUUGACCACAAUCAGCAAGAAGUGAUUCAUGUUUCUCGUCCAUAUAGCUGUGGGUAUUCUUCUGAAUCGGUUGAUGUAAUGUCACCGAGUGGCCAAGUCUAUGGACGCAUUGUGCAACAAUUUACAUUCGUCUAUCCACAUUUUAAAGUAAAAGACCAUCUAAAUCAGACAGUGCUGUACAUCGAAGGUCCAGGCAUCACAAUAGGAAAUGCUUCUUUCAAGGUAUAUGCGAUGAACGGCACUCAAGUUGGUAAAAUCUCAAAGAGGUGGUCUGGAUUGGCCCAAGAAUUUUUUACAGGUAUUUGCAAUGAACGCAAUCAAGUCAUUAAAAUAUCAAAUACAAAUGGUCUGGACUAUCCCGCCCUUUUUUUUACAGAUGCUGACCAUUUUGGUAUCAGUUUCCCCGUUGAUUUGGACGUUCGAAUGAAGGCCACAUUGCUCGGAGCUGUGCUACUCAUUAACUCGAUGUACUACGACCGUUGACACUACUUUUUCGCUGAAAUACCUAAAUAAUAAAUACACUGUUGGUCUCUUUGAAUAUUUUAUUGUUGGAUAAAAAUAGAAAAAGAUAAGCUCAUAAACAGUGACACUCUUA